UCUGAAUCAUUUUUUUUUUACGAAUAGUUUUCUGAUUUAAUACCGAAAAUGUAUUCUGUACAAAAAUUAAAGGAAAAAUUUGAAAAAAAUACUGGAAAUGAAUCUAACUUAAGUUUUGGAAAAUUACAAAAAGAUAAUAUUUUUAUUGACCUUACAAAUACACCAAGGUACUUAGAACGAAGAGUCUCCAUUGAUCCCCAAUUCUAUCGUUACAAAGAUGAUACCAAAGAAAGAACCACAGAUAUGAAGUCCACAGCUUUAACACCUAGAUCACCAAGGCCACAUAAAUCAUACGCUGAAAAUCUUGUUGAAGAUGAAUUCACAGAGCCUGCUCGUAAAUUUUCCAGAUCCAGAGUGUAUGCAAAUCAACAUAUAAACUUUUUUCAAAAUAAUGAUUUAGUCUUGCGUUCGAAUUUUGCCAAAGAAAGAUUAAAAUUUAUAUACAACAAUGAUUUAGUAGAAGUUCGGAAACAAAAUAAAGGGGCUGAAAUUUAUUCAAAUAUAGCGCUAGAAAAGUUGAAUAGAUCAGGUAACGUUAAAAGCUCAGCAGGUCUUGAUACCGGAUUAACUACUGAAGCGAAAGAAAUAAAUUCAGCAGGAAUGAAUGGAAGCCAUAUAAAUUACUCUGUAAACUUGGGAUUCAACACUAAAAAUCCGCUUUAUUAUAAACCUGAAGAAAACCAAAUACAUAAUAAAACUGAAACUUAUACAGGGAAAAAUUUUAACAACGAAAAACUGUUUCUAACGCCAAUAAUAUCAAAUAUUGGGAAACCAAUGCGCUCUAAAUUCUUAAAUUUUUAUACGGAUGUAAAAAAUAAAGAGUUAUCAAAUGAAAAUCGCUUAAUGUACUUGCCAAGUGAAUAUGAAACAAAUUUAAAACCAGUGGAGGAUAAAAUACGUAAAAAAUCAGAUGAAAGUCAAGUAGAACUAAGUAAGCCGUUGAAAGCAAAAACAGAACGAACUUACGGCGACAAGUUUUCUAAAAUAUUUAAAAGUAGAACUAUUCGAUACCUCUAUGAAGACUUGUACUCGAAGCAAGUCGAAAAUCAAAAGAAUAAAGAAACUCUAGAUCAUGUACAAUUUCUUCACAAUAAGCCUGAUCUUCUUCUCGACGUUGAUAGUCAUUACUACUAUAGGUCUGUCAAGUUAAAGUUGGAGGCUGCUACGCGCACUUCUGAAGUUCUUUUACGACAGAAAAAGGAAAUUGAUGCACAACUUCUUGCCGCUGAGAGAGAGCGCAUUGAUUUGCAGACCAUUUUAAAAAGAGCCAUAUUGCGUAAGUAUUCCGGAACUAAAGAUAUAAGAGCUUUAACUCGACCACAUGGAGCUGCGAACAGAUACAAAUAAUUGUUUUGAAAAAAUGACUUUUUUAUGUUGAACAAUAUCAGAAUAGCUUUAAGCUAUUAAGCUUUAAUAUAUAUUAAUUUAAAAAAAAAAUGUAAUUAGAUUGCAAAUGUUUAAAAAUUAAUUUACUAA